AACCCCAAGGUGUAAUCUUGGAAUCCUAUGUCACCGCCGGUGACGACUGGUGCAUGGACGAUGGAAUCUACGAGUUUACCAUGGGAGCUACAGGUGCGGUGGUCAAGGCUCGCUACUCUUUUGUCUACGCCAAGGAGGGAGAUGAAUGGAAGAUUGUCCAUCACCAUUCGUCUCAAAUGCCGGAAGAAGUCGUCGCAAAGGCUUCCAUCAAGAAAGAGGAAGUGGUCUUGGCAGCUUAA